GCAACUAAAAGUUACUACAAAAUAAAGAAUACAAUUGAUAUCUUGUUUAAGAAUACUUAUUAGAGGAUACCGAAGAUUACAAUGAUAUAAUAAAUAUUGUCGAACUAUUGAGCACAUGAAAGCUUAUUAGAGGUAGAUGUAUUCUAUCUAUCAAGUGUUUCUAAUUCAAGACUGCAAAAUGAUUUUCACAGCUGGAUAGUUUAGAUAUUUAACAAAUAAACUUGUAAUUACUCAAAAAGACAAAGUGUCUCAAAAUAUUAAAACAAUGAUUUGGUGAGUAACACUAAUUUAGUAGCUAAUGGUAAUAAUUUAUUUGUUUAAUGUCAUAAACCUAACUAAAUCCUGGAUUCUAGCUUUUGUUCCCCAUUGAAGACUGAAGAUGCUCAAGCCCUAGCUUCCCUUUAACUACAAUUGAGUAUUGACUCUUCACACCGAGCGACAAGAAAUGGACAUGGCCACCCUCAUUGUUUACCUACUAUGUUUUCUAUGCUGCUUCUUACUUUUCAGUUUCAGCAAGUUUCUGUACAAAGAAUGGUGGAUUCCAAAUCGGACACAGUCACGGAUGAACUCACAAGGAAUAAAAGGCCCUUCUUACAGAUUCAUCCAUGGAAACACCAAAGAGAUAGCUUCUAUGAGAAAGGAACUCAUCAAGAAUCCUAUGGAACUGUCACACCAUUUACUCCCAAGAGUUCAGCCCCAUAUAUAUUCUUGGACCAAGCUCUACGGGGUGAAUUUUCUUCUAUGGUAUGGACCGCAAGCUCAGUUGGUAGUAACAGAACCUGAACUGGCCAGAGAAAUACUAAACAGUAAAGAAGAAACAUUUUGCAAAGCUAAAUUCCAAGAAUACAUCAGAAAACUAUUUGGUGAUGGACUUGUAUUAUCCAAAGGAGAAAAGUGGAUGAAGAUGCGUAAAAUCGCCAAUCAUGCUUUCCAUUCAGAGAGCUUGAAGAGUAUGGUUCCAGCAAUGAUAGAAAGUACGGAAAUGAUGCUUCAACGAUGGAGAAACCGUGAAGGAAAAGAGGUUGAUGCGUUCCAAGAAUUCAAAGUUUUAACAUCAGAAAUAAUUUCCAGAACAGCUUUCGGAAACAGCUAUCUAGAAGGGGAAAAGGUUUUCGAAAUACUAAAAAGGAUGAUCUCCAUUACGGAAAGAAACCAUUUUAAAGUGAAAAUUCCUGGAUUACAAAUGUUUUUCAAAACAAGUGAUGAUGUCGAAUUGGAUAAACUCCAGCAAGAAAUAAGAAACACAAUCUUAGAAAUAGUAAAGAAAAGAGAAGAGGAUGCAAGGAUGAGUAGACUAGAUAGUUACGGAAAUGAUUUUCUUGGAUUGCUAAUAAAAGCGUAUAGGGAUGACGAUAAGAAGAAGAAGAUAACAAUGGAUGACAUGGUUGAUGAGUGCAAGACUUUUUAUGUUGCCGGACAAGAAACAACUGCGAGCUCACUAGCUUGGACCACUCUUCUUCUUGCAAUUCACACGGAGUGGCAAGACGAAGCAAGAAAAGAGGUUCUUCAACAUUUUGGGCAGCAGACACCAACAACAGAUGGGAUUGGAAGAUUAAAAACUAUGAGCAUGAUCAUCAAUGAAUCAUUGAGGUUAUAUGCUCCUAUUCUUCAACAUUCAAGAAGGGUCCAAAGAGAAGUCAAAGUGGGGAAACUAGUUCUCCCGCCAGAGAUGGAAAUAUUGAUUCCAACACUAGCACUUCACACGGACUGUCGAGUAUGGGGAGAGGAUGCUUACCUUUUCAGACCAGCGAGAUUUGCAGAAGGGGUGGCUAAAGCAACAAACAAUAGCAUCUCUUCAUUUAUUCCAUUUGGUAUGGGACCUCGAAAUUGCAUCGGCUUUAACUUCGCAAUCACAGAAGUGAAAACUGCUCUGGCGAUGAUUCUUCAGCAAUACAGGUUCACUUUGUCACCUGCAUAUGUUCAUUCACCAGUUCUAGUUCUCACAAUGUGUCCACAACAUGGAGUUCCGGUCAUACUUGAGGCACUAUGAACUUUAAUCUUUCGAAAAUUGUAAUUAAUAUAUGUAUAUAUGUGUGUGUGUGCAAUUGACUGAAUGCCUUAGAUUGUUCGAAUUAGUGUAAAAUGGUCAUUGUAUCUGAAGAUAUUCUAAGGGAUUAAAAUAAUUGCACUUUUGCCCAGUACGGAAAAAUCUGGGGUUAAAUA